AUGUCCGGCAUGGAGAAAAGGUACCUGGUGGACAGCCGCUGGUUCAAGCAGUGGAAGAAGUACGUGGGCUUCGACAGCUGGGACAUGUUCGGCGUGGGCGAGCCCAGCCUCUUCCCCGGGCCCGUCGACAACUCGGGGCUCUUCAGCGAUCCAGAAACACAGAUUUUAAAAGAGCAUCUCAUUGAUGAACUAGAUUACGUAUUGGUUCCCACUGAAGCCUGGAACAAAUUGGUAACCUGGUAUGGUUGCAUAGAUGGACAGGAGCCUAUUGUAAGAAAAGUAGUGGAAUAUGGUCUGUUUGUGAAGCAUUGUAAGGUUGAAGUUUAUCUUCUGGAGUUGAAGCUUUGUGAGAACAGCAAUCCCGAUAAUGUGGUGAGCUGCCACUUCAGUAAAGCAGAUACUAUUGCUACCAUUGAGAAAGAAAUGAGAAAAUUAUUUAAUAUCCCGUCUGAAAAGGAAACUAGGUUAUGGAACAGGUAUAUGAGUAACGCUUACGAGCAGCUCAGCAAGCUGGAUAGUACUGUGCAAGAUGCAGGGCUCUAUCAGGGUCAGAUUGUUCUAAUAGAAGUGAAGAACGAAGACGGAACGUGGCCCAGGCAGUCUCUUCUGGCAAAAUCAAGUACUGCAACUAGCAGAAACUUUACUACCUCCUCGAAAUCAUCAGCGAGUUCUUACUCCUCAGUGUCUGCCACUUCUGUCAUUACUAAUGGUGAUAGCAGUAACUCCUAUGGACUGAACAGCUCCCACCUGGGCAGGGGGGGUUCUGGCUUCUCCUACAACUCCUACAACUGCAGAGACUCUGCUUCCCUGUCACAACCUGGACUUUGUGGGCUCAGCAACCUUGGCAAUACCUGCUUCAUGAAUUCAGCCUUGCAGUGUCUAAGCAAUACCCCGCCUCUGACCGACUAUUUCCUGGAAGAUAGAUAUGAAGCUGAAAUAAAUCAGGACAAUCCUCUGGGGAUGAGAGGCGAAAUUGCAGAAGCCUACGCAGAGCUCAUUAAACAGAUCUGGUCUGGGAGACAGUCCCAUGUGGCCCCACGUAUUUUUAAAACACAGGUUGGCCGUUUUGCUCCUCAGUUUUCAGGAUAUCAGCAGCAAGAUUCCCAGGAGCUCUUGGCUUUUCUUCUAGAUGGCUUACAUGAAGACUUGAAUAGAGUGAAGAAGAAGCCCUACUUGGAGCUGAAGGAUGCCAAUGGCAGACCUGACUUGGUGGUGGCAAAAGAGGCCUGGGAGAAUCAUAGACUGAGAAAUGACUCUAUCAUUGUGGAUAUUUUUCAUGGCCUUUUCAAGUCUACUCUUGUUUGUCCUAAAUGCUCCAAGAUUUCUGUGACGUUCGACCCCUUCUGUUAUUUAACCCUCCCGUUGCCCUUGAGAAGAGAUCGUCUCAUGGAAGUUGCUCUGGUGUAUGCAGACCCACAGCACAGACCUGUCCAGUACCGAGUUGUGGUGCCGAUGAUGGGGGCUGUCUCAGACCUGUGUGAAUCGCUCUCCAAACUGUCCGGGGUUCCUGCAGAAAAUAUGGUGGUGACAGACGUGUAUAAUCAUCGGUUCCACAAAAUCUUCCAAAUGGAUGAAGGUUUAAAUCAUAUCAUGCCAAAAGACGACAUUUUUGUGUAUGAAGUUUGCAAGCCAGGUGAGGAUGGCUCUGAAUAUGUUACUCUCUCCAUUUAUUUUCGGGAAAAGACAGUGAGGCAAUCCAGCAAUACUUCAGGAACCGUGCUCUUUGGUCAGCCCCUGUUAAUAUCUGUGCUGAAACACAAGCUCACUCUGGAUCACUUAUACAGUGUGGUUUUGGAGCAGAUCAGCCGCUACGUGAAACUCCCCUUGGCAGAGGAAUACUCUCCAUCUUGUCCAGACAGAGGAACCUGCAAUGGCUCCAGUAGUGUGGCUGAAGGUGACAUUGAGGAGAUGGAGCAUCAGGACGGCGGACAGGAAGGCAAGGAAAAACUGGCAGAAAUGGAUUCCUGCCACGGCAACGGUUGUAUACAGGUGGAGUCAGCGAGAGAUCUGCCGCCUCGCAAAAAACAGCUUUUCACUUUUAGCCUUGUGAAUUCCUACGGGACCUCUGAGAUAAACUCUCUUGUAGAAGGGAAACUACUAAAACUGAAUGCUUUUUCUACGCUUGCAAUUGAUUGGGAUUCUGAUAUGCGGAGGCUGCUCUUUGAUGAACAGGAGGCACAGGCAUUUGAAAAGCAUGCAAGCAUGUUACAGCCCCAGAAGAAAAAGGCUGUGGUUGCCCUCAGAGACUGUAUUGAGCUCUUUACCACUAUGGAAACGCUUGGUGAACAUGAUCCUUGGUACUGCCCGAACUGUAAGAAGCAUCAACAAGCUACAAAGAAGUUUGAUUUGUGGUCUUUGCCCAAGAUUCUGGUGGUGCAUUUAAAACGCUUCUCGUACAGCAGAUACUGGAGGGAUAAGCUCGACACUGUUGUUGAGUUCCCCAUCAGGGGCUUAAACAUGUCCGAGUUUGUCUGUGACCCAAGAGCAGGCUCAUACGUAUAUGACCUCAUUGCAGUUUCCAAUCAUUAUGGAGCCAUGGGAGUAGGCCACUACACGGCCUACGCAAAGAACAAAGUGAAUGACAAGUGGUACUACUUCGAUGACAGCAGCGUAUCAGUGGCGUCAGAAGACCAAAUAGUGACAAAAGCUGCAUACGUGCUGUUUUAUCAGCGUCGAGAUGACGAGGAAUGUGCUGCCCCGUCUCCUCCGCCAGAAGAGUGCGACGGCAUGGAUACCAACUAGGCCUCUUCUCCAGCACUGGGUCACCGUGCUGGCAUUUGCCCUUCUAAAGCCAUGUCUGAGGCAUCUGAAAAAUUCCCUUCUUCCUUCUGUAGGAGUCAAGCAAAAAAUUUAGUGCUGAAAUCUUUCAGUGCUCAGGGUUGCAGAAUAGCACUGGAGAGACAGGAAGUAGGUGUUGACACCUGGGUAUUUAGAGGCCAAAAAUAAUAUACAUUGCAGCUUCAAUAAAGUUCUUUUUAAAAUCUG